AUGAGUAAACAAGAUAUAGUCAAUGAGCUUCACAAAGCAGCAAGAAGAAAUUUUUCUCGUCAACAUACGAUUAUUAAAGGAAUAGAUGAUUUAUGGCAAGCUGACCUGAUUGAUUUUCAAAAAUAUUUCACGUUUAAUAAAGGAUAUAAAUAUGUUCUAGUAGUAAUCGAUGCUCUAUCAAAAUACGUAUGGGUUAGACCAUUGAAAACGGAACAUAAAAAUUAUGUCAAAAAUGCGAUGCAAAGUUGA